AUGAAUUUAAAUGAUGGAGAAGAAGAUUUAUUUUUUAAUCAACGUUGUCUUGAAUUAGCUAAAUUAUUACGUACAGAACAAACAGAAGAUUUUCUUCAUCUCUACGAUAGUUUACCAUCAGAAUGGAAUGGGUCUCGACUUGAAACAGCAAAAGAAUAUAUUCGUCAAUUACAAGAACUCGACGAAAUCGAAUUCAAACUUAUUUAUCAACGUAUAUUUCAUAACAAAGAAAAACAACAACAAAAUCCUUCAAUUAUCCUUAUGUCACAAUCACCAAUGAUUCAUAAUGAUGAGGAACAAAUAACUAAUCGAAUAACACCUCUAUCAAUUAUUCAACAAAAACAAUAUAUUGAAAGAACAACAGUUUGUGAUGAAAAACAUGAUAUAUCAUCAAAAACUUCCUCAUCUAUAAAACGAACUAAUGAUGAAACAAAUACAAAAACACGACGUCUUCAAUCAAUAACCAAUAAUAAUAAUAAUAAUAAUAAUACACAUAUUAUGUUACAAAACAAUUGUCGAACACGUACUCCUGUUGAUUCAUUUGUUCAAUUAAAUCUUAAACCAUCUAUUGAUAUUACAGUAGAAGAUUAUAAGAAGACAAGGGGUCCAAUGUCUACUACCAAAACCAGUAACAUCAAUAAUCGACUUACUGUAUUACAAUCAACUGAUACGAAUCAAUCGAAUAUAAUACAAACUAAUCUGCUUAAAAAAUCUAAAACAUCUUUAAAAAAUAAAUCUCAUGAAGAAGCAAGUUUCGAUUAUUUUUCAAAAAUGAAUGAGGACGAUGAUGAUAGAAAACAUUCACGUUCAUCAUCAUCAUCAUCACCAACAACAACAAAUCGAUUAAUAACAUUAACAAAUAAUAAAAAUGAUCUAUCAAUUAAUCAAACAUAUUCACAAUCAAAAUCAUAUGAACAUAGUAAAUUAAUUCCUAAUAAUGAUUUUGAUUCUCAUGGUUCAUCAAUAGCAACGAAAUCAUCAUCAGAAAACAGUGGAAGUACUCAAAAUGGUUCAGCUUCGGAUAGUGAUGAUGAACAUAGAAAAAAUACAUUUCUAUCAACGAAAACAUCUUCGACACUAUCAAACAGUAAAUUAUUACAUAAUGAUGAUACACCAACGAUAGUGUUAAAUAAAACCAGCGAUCAUCGCACUAGUCAACAUGAUCGUAUUUCAUCUUUACCUCAACAAGAGAGUUAUGAAUUAGUUCAAUUGAAUGUUAAUGAUGAACAUGAUUUACGUGCUAGUCAAGUACCUCGUUUUAAACUACCUGCUAUUGAUGAUCCAAACGGCAUUAAUAAUUCAACUAACGGUAUUCUUUCUUAUACGACACAGAGGUCUCAACAAAAUAAUUUCUUACCAUCUAGUCAUCAAAAUCAAAAUACCGAACAUCAUGAACAAUAUAAUAUCAAUCAUUCCAGUUCAUCACGUAAACCUCCAGCUCGUACAAUUAAAAAACGAAAACAAUCACAACAACAAGAAAUUAUUCGCACAGAAUUAAUACCAGGACAUCGUGGUGAUCGUGACGUUGAUGAACUUGUUAUGUUUAUUGAUGGUAAUUCAACAUCAAAACAAAAACAACGACAUAAUUCUGCGCCAUUACGUCCAACAGAUACAAAUAAAUUUAAAACAAUAUCAUCAUUACCUGAUACAAAUAGUAAUACUAAUAAUAAUACUAUAACAUCUCGAAGAAAAUCUCGUAAACCAAUUAAAAUUAUACAAGAAUCAAUUAAUAAUAAUGAAAAUAAAACAUCACAAAUUGAUGAAGAUAUACAGUCUAUAGAUUUUAUUGAUGAUGAUGAUGAUAUAACAACAACAACAACAACAACUACACAUUCCAUCAAUAAUACAUACAAUGAAGAAAAUACAACGAAUAUUAGUCUUCCAAAUGAUGAUGAAUCUCAUUCAAAUACAGUCGAUAUUGAUACUACUAAUGAUUCUAAUACAACUAAUGGUGAAAUAUCAUUACCCGAAUGGUUAGAACCCAUACGUAGUACAUCUCUAGGGAAUAAUGAUAUUGAAUCAUUUUCAUUAUCAACAACAACAAUAAAUAAUUCGAACAGUGAAAUUAUAUCGGAACCAUUUGUAACUGUAACACAUCGUCGUCGUUUAACAAAAGAACGUCGUCAAGAUAAUAAUUCAUUAUUAUCACGAUCAUCUCGUUUACCAUUAUCUUCAAACAUAAACGAUAAACGUCGUUUUCAAUCAUCAACAUCAACACAAAAUGGAAUUAUACGUUCAACAAUACGUAAUAGUCUUUCAAAUAUCAAACCAUUUAUUUCUACAACAACAGUAAAAGAAGAAAAUACAAAUAGAAUGUCGUCAUCACCACCUCCAUCAUCUGUAUCUUCGCAAACGAUAUCUCAAACAUCAGUGCAACCAACAGCAACACCACCAGCACCAGCACCAGCAUCAUCAUCAUCCGUAUCAAAUCAUGUUAUUGAACAAUCAUCACCUCGUUUAUCAUCUCAUUCAUCUUCAUCAUCAUUACCAUCAUUAAUUAAACGACAAUCAAAACCUCCACCUGUAGUUUUUCUAAAUAAAUCUAUAGAUAUUGAAUUAAAUGAUGUUUCAUUUGGUUUUGAUGUUGAAAAUCCAACAUCUGAUAAACCUCUAACACCAACACCAUCACCUGUACCUAUUGAAAAAGAAAUUGAAAUUGAAUCUAAUACAUUAUCAUCUCUACAAUUAAAUGAUUCAUCAAUAAAUUCAAAAUCAUCAUAUCGACGUUCAUAUCAACAACAACAACAACAACAACGUAAUAAUCGUGGAUUAUUAUUCUAUUCUGGUUCUGAUAUACGUCCACAACAACAUCAUAGAAAUUAUCCAUCACAAACAUCAAUGCCACAAUCAUCUUAUAUUGAUCCAUUACUUCUAUUACAAUACAAUCAACAACAACAACGUUAUGCAGCUAAUUAUUCUCAACAAUUAGCUUAUAUGAAUUUAUUACGUACACAAUAUUUAUCAUCACAAUCCCAAUAUGUUCUUAUUCCAACAACAUACACAACAACAACAACAACAACAAAUGAUAUUGAACAAGAUGAAAAAAAUCUUGAUGAUGAAACUACUCAAACAUCUGAACAAAUUCAAGAACCAUUACUUGUUUAUGCAACAAUACCAACACAAACAGGACCAAUUUAUCUUCAAUCAACAAAAAAAUCCUAUUAUGAACUUGAACAAUUACAACAAUCAUCUAUGCCAACAGUUUAUCCAACACAAUAUUUUUAUUCAACACAAACACAACAUAUUAUACCACCACAUGCAGCUUAUUUUCAACCGAUAUCAUCACCAUCAUUAUUAGUUGAGACAAAAUCUCAACACGAUGAUACUGAUGAUGAAGAUGAUAAUAAUGAUUAUGAAAAAUCAACAAGAUUAUUUCAUCAAACACAACAACAAUCAUCAUCUCAUAUUAUGUCAAAUGCAUUACAACUUGUUUAUAGUCAAGAAAAACGAAAUAUACAAACAGAUCGUUUUAAUCUUGAUCAAUUAACUGCUUAUUUAGCGAUGAAAUGGACAGAUACUAUAAAUCAUUAUGAACAAGGUAAGAUUUAUCAUUAA